AUGACUGAUAAAAUCGAGAUUUUGAAAUUUGCAGGUGAAGAUGGACAAUACAAAAGAAGACCAUCAUCGUUUAGAGACUUCAUUAGUAGCAAACCAGGUGCGCGGUUCCCUCCGGAGAUUAAUAGGUACCAUUUGUAUGUCUCAUAUGCAUGUCCAUGGGCUCAUCGCACUUUGAUCACUCGCCGUCUCAAAGGCUUAACUUCAAUUAUUGGAUUAUCAAUAGUUCAUUGGCAUAUGGAUGACAAGGGAUGGAGAUUCCCCACAAGCGAAGAAUUAGCCUCUUCAAAGCCAAGCAACAAGGUCAAUAGCAGCAGCAGCAGCAGCACCGGUACCAGUGAUGAUUCCUUAGGAACGCCAGAUCACCUUUAUGGACUCUCGCGUCUUAGUGAACUAUACUAUAAAGCAGAUCCAAACUACAACGGUAGAUUCACGGUUCCUAUAUUAUGGGAUAAAAAGGAAGAAACCAUAGUUAAUAAUGAGUCUGCCGAAAUCAUCAGAAUGUUGAAUUUCGAAUUCAACAGUAUAUUGCCCAGUGAAUACUCUCACGUGAAUCUUGUUCCAAAAGACUUGGAGUCAAAGAUUGAUGAACUAAACGGUUGGGUUUAUGAUAAUAUUAACAACGGAGUCUACAAAACUGGAUUUGCUUCAAAACAAGAAGUUUAUGAAAGAGAAUGCACAAAUGUAUUUAAACACUUGGACAAAGUCGAAAAGUUACUAAAGGAAAACCAUUCUGGUGAAGGAAACAAAAAGAAGAGUGAAUUUUUAUUGGGCAAUACUUUAACCGAAGCCGAUGUUCGAUUAUUUACCACAAUCGUAAGAUUUGAUCCAGUUUAUGUGCAACAUUUUAAAUGUAAUAUUGGUAUGAUUAGAACUGAAUAUCCCUAUAUCCAUAAUUGGCUUAGGUUGUUGUAUUGGAAAAUCCCAGGUUUUCAAGAAACAACAAAUUUCGAUCAUAUUAAAAAACACUAUACUAAAUCACACGUCAAAAUCAAUCCAUACGGUAUCACACCUUUAGGUCCAGUUCCAAAUAUCCUCCCAUUAGAUUGA